UCGCCAACCUGUGGUCCGUGAGGUCCGAAAAGUUGGCGACUGCUGAUUUAAGAUACGUAUUCUCUGGUUAGGGAGGAGAGUUAUAAACCAUUUGCUCUCAAGUGUCCUUGGUUAGGGGAGAUAAGGUCUUGCAGUUCACCACCUGGCUGUAAGUUGUUCAAAUUUGACUUUGUUCCCCCAUUCCACUUGCCCAGGAAUCUUCCCAGCUUCUUACUAUCCUGCCUCAGUGCUACAUGGAAUUUCAAAUUUCCAUUAAUAAAAAAAAUAAAAACUAAAGAAAAAAGCCUUGUAAUUACCUCUGCUUAAAAUGACCCAUUAGUAGUUUCCCAUUUAUUAUUGCUCCUAGGAUUCUAAGCCCAGGAUCCCUAAUACGACCCACCGUACCCGUAGGUUCUGUCCCCUGCCUGUCUGUUUAGCCUCCUUCCCUAGGGCUUCUGGGUUCUAGCCACAUGGGCUCCUUUUCUCUUUGUAUCCUGUUCCUUUUGCCUGGAGCAAGUCAUAUUUUCUUUCCCUUUUUCCUCCUGUUAUUUCACAGCUCAAAUAUCACUUCUUUGGGGAAGCUUUCCUUGAUCUCUCUACCUAGUCCAGGCGGACUGACCCAGGACCUGAAAGCUGCCUUCAGCUGCUUUCUGAUGGCGUGUGAGAAGCCUGGAAAGAAGUCUGUGGAGGCAUGUCACAAUGUUGGUCUCCUGGCACACGAUGGACAGGUCCAUGAUGACGGCCAGCCCGAUCUGGGGAAGGCCAGAGACUAUUACACAAAGGCCUGUGAUGGCAGCUAUGCCCCUAGCUGCUUCAACCUCAGUGCCAUGUUCCUGCAGGGUGCUCCCGGCUUUCCCAAGGACAUGGGCCUAGCCUACAAAUACACCAUGAAAGCUUGUGACCUGGGCCAUGUCUGGGCCUGUGCCAAUGCCAGCCGCAUGUACAAGCUGGGGGAUGGUGUCGAUAAGGAUGAAGCCAAGGCUGAAGCGCUAAAAAAUCGGGCCAUGAAACUGCAUAAAGAACAGCAGAAAAACGUCCAACCUUUAACGUUUGGGUAGUGUGGCCCACCCUCCUGUGCAGCAGAUGCUGGCACCUCCGAUUCCUGAUGCAGCCCUUGGAGAGCAACCUGCUGGAGCAGGAAGACUUGGGACUCGGUAUUAGUAACCCUGGUUACAUAUACCCAUUGCCCCGGAGUGUCACCUACUGGGAUGUAGCCUGAAGUAUUUAUUUCUUUACCUGGUGUGUUCUGUAAAGAGACCCACAUUUAAUGUGGUUUUAGAUCUCAAACUCUUAUAGCUCUGAAAAACAGCAAACUAGAGAGCAAUGGAGAUUUUGGGGGUGGGUGGGAAGGAGAGACAAAGAGCAAGAGAUGGGAAAAAUUAGCAGCCACAGGGCCUGAAGGAAUCCGACAUCAUCGUCGUCAUUAUUAUUUUAGUUGGGAAGGCUUGAAAAUCAGGAAGUAUCUUGGUUUACGUAAUAGAGGGCUUCAGGAGCUAAGAACAGUCACGACUCCACCCUCUGGUUUAUGUAAUCGUUGGUGUGGGCUUUAGUUCUGCCUUUAGAGUCACGUUUUUGCAAUACAUUCAUGGAGAUCUGGAAGAUUAAAGGUCAUUACUCAUAUGUUUCAGGGUUGCUAAAGAGGAUGAACCAAGCCCUCCUGCAGUGGAGACAAUCACAGUUAGUGGACUAGCAUCCCCAGUCCACUUAUGCGGUACUGCUCAUCACACUGAGGGAGCAGAUUAUUCCCCAGGCAACUUCAGGUAGGGAUUUGUAAGCAAGGGUUUUGUAACAUUUUGUCCCUCAGAACAGAGCCUUUUUAACUGUUCCUGUGAAUAAACUAUUUUGAUUAAUA